AUGUUUCUGCGUUUGUAUGAAGCAAUGGACAAAAACGUGAAAAAGUACCUAGAAGAUGGACGGGUUAAGAGGGGUAAAUCGUACAUGAACAGUCUUGGAUGCCUGAAGAUAAUGAGUGCGAAUUCCAAAGAAAUCUCUAAUAAUACUUUCGAUAUAAUUCAUCCUCCAUUACAACUCAAGUCGAAAGCCUCAACCUAUGAACCCUCUCCUGAAGGUCACUGGUCCAAGAACUUUGCUGCUCUCUCAAUACAUCGUCGUAAGGACUGGGCUGUCACAGUGAAAGGUUUCGAUAGGUUUGUCUGGGACUUUGAGGGCUCCACAAAGAAGAAAACACCAGAAAAUGCCUUUGGUACCUAUCAAAGCCAUGGUUCAAUGUUGAUAGCGAAUAGUGAAGAGGCGCUAAAAGCUCACGAUAUAGAAAACGGAUGGGACUGGACAAAAGUUCCUGGAGCGACGACGAUGACUUAG